CGGCGAGAGCGAGCAACUACCUACCUUUCUUGAGCUUGAUUUUGAAGCGUUUUGACGGAGGGCACUGGCUCGUCAGAGCUUUCGUCGCUGACUCCAAUUUCUAAAUUAUGGCCAGCUACGGAUAUGGAUCGUCUUCAGAAUCCUCUGCAGGCGAAGGCGAAGACCUUCUUUUCCCUACGACGGACCCACGCGAAGAAGAGUUCCUCGGACAUCGGCGCAAGCGACGACGAACUGGCCGUGACGCAAAGGAGAGUGCAGCAUUAGGUGUCUUUGGUUCCGAAAGUGAGGACGACGAUCGGCCAGGUCAGCGAUGGAAGCAAAAGAAUUUGCGCGGGCAGGGACUUGGAUUCGUGAAGCCUGGUGGUGCCGAAGACAAGGACGACAACGACAACAACAAGAACAACGAGGACGAUGAAAUGGCUUACGAAUAUGGAGAUGAUGAAGAUGCAGGAGAAGAAGAUAUAGCAUCAAAUGGAUUGGGAUCCGCGCCGAGGGGCCUGGGAUGGCAGACACCCGCGGGCGAAGCACCUUCAGCCUCAACGCCACUCGGCCGAGGAUUUGUCCCGUCAUCGGCCAAAGAGCCAGUCCUCGAUUUCGCACCGCCGGCAGACGAAGAAGAACAAGUCCCCAAGAUAGUUCGACCGUCCUAUAGCUCGCCUGCUCCUAGCGGUCGUGGUCGCUCUCGUGGGGAUACCUCCGGCCAACCUCCGGCCAACCCGAAUUCUUUCGCUGCUAGAAUGAUGGCUAAGAUGGGUUAUAAGGCUGGCCAAGGUUUGGGUGCGCAAGGACAAGGUAUCCUGGCGCCAGUUGAGACAAAGCUACGGCCGCAGGGCGUUGGACUGGGCGCGGUGAGGGAGAAGACUGAGCAGGCCAAGCAGGAAGCGCGAAGGGAAGCCGAGAGGCGAGGAGAGACCUACGAAGAAUAUUCCUCGGAAGAGGAGCGAAAGCAACGCAGGAGACAAAAGAAAGAAGGAAAAGCUAGUGGAAGUGCUUGCCUGAGACUCAAUCAGAAGUUGGGAAAAUCGCAGUCAGGGCUCGCCGGGAGCUGGAGGCUUUUGCCGAUGAAUGGAACGGAAAGCGAGCUCAGCCGGGAAAUUGACGAGGAGCAGGAGGAGACCCGCGUUGUGAAGGGGAUUACUGGAAUAGUACAAUCCUUACAAGAGCUUGAAAUUGAACGACCAAGUGGAUUGAACGAACCUCCCGACCUAAAGGCCCGCUGGGAAGAAGUUGUCACCAAGCUGGAAAUUUUAGAGUUUGAGUUUGGGAACGAGAUUGACAACUAUGGUCUCUCAGAAGUUGCCGUGGCUGCGGUCCACCCUCUAUUCCGCUUGGAAAUUGAGCAUUGGGAUCCACUGGAGAAUCCGAUGCACUUUGUUUCUCAUAUACGACGUCUGCGCAAAAUCUUAGGGGUAAAACCCAACGCCAACGGAGACUCUGUCGCCCUAUUAGACGAGAGUUAUGCGGUACCACGUCACAGCAAAUACACGAGUUUCUAUGAGACCAUGAUAUAUUCGUUAUGGCUUCCAAGAAUACGCUCAGUCAUUACAAAUGAUUGGGACGUUCACGACCCAACACCCGUAAUUUCCCUUCUCGAAGCUUGGAAGGACAUCUUGCCUUCAUUCGUAUACCACAGCGUCGUUGAUCAAAUUAUUGUCCAGAAGCUGACAGGCGCUGUGAACGACUGGAAUCCUCGCGUCAGCCACAAGAAACGACGACACGCGCAUCCUCCCCACGUUUGGCUCUUUCCGUGGCUUCAAUACCUAGAUGAGGAUCACGUCGAUCCGCGGAGCUCCACUGGAUUGUUGGCUAAUGUUAAGCGGAAGUUCCGUGUUGUUCUCGACACAUGGGACUUGUCCAAGGGCGUCGUGGAUGGCCUUCAAAAUUGGCGUGAAGUUCUCCGUGGGGAAUUGGACCACGUUCUCGUUCGGCAUCUUCUUCCUCGCUUGGCACUUCUUCUCCAGACAAGUCUCGAAAUUGAUCCCUCUGAUCAAGACUUGACCGCACUCGAGCUGGUUCUUGCUUGGAACGAUUUCUUUAAGCCAAGUGUGAUGGGUCAGCUCCUCAUUAGCGAAUUCUUCCCGAAAUGGCACAAUAUUUUGCAUCUUUGGCUGACCUCAGAGCCUAAUUACGAGGAAGUGGGUCAGUGGUUCUCAUGGUGGAAGGGCCGUUUCCCGGAAGAGAUCAACGGCGUCAAGGCUGUGGCUGCUGAGUGGGAAAAGGGCUUGGAGAUGAUGAAUCACGCUCUGGAUCUUGGUGAGCGUGCUCGCGAUGAGUUGCCUGCCCCAAGUGCGGGGCCUGCCCGUCCGAUUCGCGAGCCAGAGGCCGUCCCUGCUCCUGCACAAGCAGCAAGAGAAGCCAGACCGUCUGGUGCCACUGCCCCGGCCGGUGCGGAGGAGGCUACUUUCCGUGAUGUGGUCGAGGCUUGGUGUACCGAAGAAAAUCUGCUUAUGAUGCCGCUUCGUGAGGCGCACGAACAGACUGGUCUACCUCUCUUCCGCAUCACCGCCAGUGCCAAUGGCAAGGGAGGCGUACUGGUCUAUCUCAAGGGUGACGUAGUCUGGGCUCAAAACAAGAAAAACCGGAGUUUAUGGGAACCUGCUGGCUUGGAAGAGGCUUUGGUGGAAAGAGCGGAAGGUAAAUAAAUCAUCGGUUGGCUCUGGCGCAUGGCAGGUGGUUUUGUACAUGUAGGAAAAUUUCGUGGUA